CAUACUGUAUUUCAUUUUUCUAACCUCCAAUCCAGAUCCGUCUUGGUGGUGCUAGCGGUGGCUAGCUAGGCUUGUGGUGGCAGCAGUUGUAGUGGCGGCGGAGGCGCCGUUGCUAAUAUAAUAUCAAAGAGCAACAUACAGGCCAUGCAAGGUGGGACACCUGCGGCGAGGAAGGUAAUGGUGGUAGCAGAACCAAACCGAGAGUCAGCUGUGGCACUCCAAUACGCUCUUUCUCAUGCAGUGUUUGAACAAGACGAAUUGAUUCUCCUCCACGUUGGGAAUCCAAAUUCAUGGCGGAACACAUUCUCCACGUUCUUGAGAAAGCCGAGCAUAAGCUCUUCUUCCCAUGCAACAUGUGCGGAUGGAUCAAAUGGAGGGGAAGUGGAUUUUCUAGAAGAAAUGAAGCAUGCAUGCAAAAUUACCCAACCGACACUGCACGUGCGUGUUGAGAGAGUGGAAAUGGAGGGCAAGGACAAGGCAGGGGUUAUUCUUUUCCAAAGCAUGGCACUCGGGGUGGAUCUCAUAGUUAUAGGGCAGCGGCGGAGUUUCUCAACGGCAAUAUUAGGGAGUAGGCGGCCUGGAGGGUCUAUGAGAGGGGUAGACACAGCAGAGUAUUUGAUAGAAAAUAGCAAGUGCACAUGUGUUGGAGUACAGAAAAAGGGCCAAAAUGCAGGCUUUCUUCUCAAUUCAAAGACCCACAAGAAUUUCUGGCUUUUGGCAUAAGCACUCGAUCAAUCCGAGAGCCACUCGCGCUUCAUCAUUUGCACUGUCUCUCUCGCUCUCUGUGUUGGGAUAUCUGUUGGCUACAUGCGGUUCAUGAUUUAUCAGGUUUCUGUCGGCAGAACGGCAAAAGUACACCAAUUUGACUGUGCUGUGUUUUGCUAGAUUAGCAGAAUGCUGGGUUUAGUGAAUUUUUAUUCGAAGACGUAUUUCUCGUCCCUAGUGAACCAUAUGUAUAAUGUUCUCGACAUCUAUAGUACAAAGACUGUAAAUAUUUGGACAUGGCUGGCCCUUUGGAAACCAACCAUGAGAAACUGCGAGGACAGCAGAAAUGCCAGAAACCAUCUUUCCUUCUCAUUUAUUUUCUUAAAUGAUUUGGGGAUUACUGACAAACGAAACAUUUUACUAAGGGAAUAAAAGAAAAAAUCGAAAUAGAAAGCAGACGCUAUGAAGGAAAUGGGGGAUCAAUCACAUUGCCCCACAAGGCUUAAGAGCCAUAGCCAUAGAAGACAGGGGCACACGGAAAAAAUGGAGAGUCGUCAAUAUAGGACACAUUAUUUUUUAUCCGAACACCAAAAGAACUUUAGAGUUCAUCCCGCAUAGGUUGUUCUAAAGGAACAUCCACCUUAUGAACUGCAUUUUCAUGGACAUGGGGAGGAUUUAUGCCAUCCACAACAGCUCUAUGUCCUACUUCUGCUUGUCUCACCAUACCAGCCUUUAAAGCAGCAGUAAUCUGUCUCUGCAACUUUAGUAGCCCAACGCGUUUUGAGACAACAUAGGGAACAGCAGAUGAGAAUAACAAAAUUCCUACUGCAAGUAUCAACCUGUUCACAUAAAGGGAUUCACAUAAAUUGUUUGAAAAUAAAGAUAAUUAGCCAUUGGAAGAGGGAAAAAAAAUCCUUUACCUGUCAAUGACAUCUUGACGUUGCAUUGUGGAGAGUAGGUUUCGGGUUCGUAUGAACAGCGAGCGGUGCCCUUUGUAUUCACUUUCAGCCCUCUUUAAUACUCCAGUUGAUUCCUC